GUGGCAUCCGUGGCAGGUGUCCCCUCAGGAGCCACCUUCAAAUGCCGCCUUAACACGUCUUCGCCCCGCCUCCUUCCAAACCGUGGCCACCAGGAAGCUGCUGUGUGCAGGGGUGGGUGCCUGGCAUGCUGACCGAUGUCUCAUUUGUUCCUGUGCUCCCCUGUCCAGGAUUCCACCUGAGCGGGACAGUCACGGAGCCGGCCACGGCCACCGAACCAGAGAUGACCUACAAAGUCGCCAUCAGCUUCGACCGCUGCAAGAUCACUUCCGUGACGUGCGGCUGCGGGAACAAGGACAUUUUCUACUGCGCGCACGUGGUGGCCCUGUCGCUGUACCGGAUCCGCAAGCCAGAGCAGGUCAAACUCCGUCUUCCCAUCUCAGAGACCCUUUUCCAGAUGAACAGGGACCAGCUGCAGAAGUUUGUUCAGUAUUUAAUCACGGAGCACCACACCGAGGUCCUGCCGACGGCCCAGAAGCUGGCCGACGACAUCCUCUCCUCCAACUCGGAGAUCAACCAAACACACGGUAACGCCCGCGGCGUGUCGGGUGACUUGCGGCGCCACCUGCAGCUCUCACGAGGGCGGGGGCGGCCUUCGUUAGUGCCUGGCCUGUCAGUGCUGCCCAGAGCGAGACAAAGGGGCACGCAUGAAAUUGACGAGCAGGCACGUGAGUUAGGAACACGUGGGCGUGGGGCACUUUGGAUCUGCUUUGCUCUCUGUGGCUGGCUGCGGGUUUUUAUUCGUUGCCUUUUGCCAUGCGUGUGUGGGUUUGUGUCGCUUUCUCUCUGCGCAGGGGCCCUGUGGGUGUGCGUGGUGCUGAACCCGCACUGCAAGCUGGAGGAGAAGUCCUGCUGGCUCCGGCAGCUCCGGAAGUGGGGCGACAUGGACGUGUGCCCGCUGGAGGACGGGAAUUACGGCAACGAGCUGCCCAACAUCACCAACGCGCUGACGCAGAGCUCCAAUCACGGCCAAGGUGAGUGGGAACGGGGCGGCUCCCACGGGGCCUCAGCAGAGUCCUGUCCCUGGGCGAGCCUGUGGUUGGCAUCAGCCGGAUACUCAGCUCUGCUUCUGGUGAAGAUGCUAUCCGCACUUGCCAUGCCGAAGGUCGAUUCUUCUGGCGAUCCAUUUAGCGGGUCUAGUUCAGACCUGCUAAAUCAAACGCUGAGGGUGGCUCCGCGCCGCGCGCAACCUUGUUUUGCAGAACACGUCCCCACUGCGUGUGCGCGGGUCGAUGCCCUGCGCUCCCACGGGUACCCCAAAGAAGCACUCCGCCUCACCGUGGCCAUCAUCAACACGCUGAGAUUGCAGCAGCAGAGGCAGCUGGAAAUUUACAAACACCAGAAGAAAGAGUUACUGCAGAGAGGAGCCACCACCAUCACGAACCUGGAGGGCUGGGUCGGGCACCCGCUCAACCCCGUUGGCUGCUUGUUCCUCACCUUGACAGAGGCUUGUCGAUUAGAAGAGGAGAAUUGCCUUGACAUUUCAGGUAUCCGAGUCUCUCCCGUCCAGAGCAGCGAGUUAAACGUCAAGGGCUCUGGCCUGUCAGCCGCCGAAUCCAAGGCAGAGGCCGCAGCUCCCCUGUGCCCCCCUCCUGCCGCUCAGCCUUGCUCGCUCCCUGCUCUGCUCUCGCGCCGCUUGCAGAGGAAGAGCCCAGGGUGUCUCCUUAGCGCCCUGCCCGAGUCAUGGCCCAUUCUGGUCAAUUUCAGGCGGUGCCUGCUGCUGCUGGAAGGCGGCCCCUUCAGCGGCCUGGGAGAGGUGAUCCACCGGGAGAGCGUGCCCAUGCACACCUUCGCCAAGUACCUGUUCUCCGCCCUGCUGCCCCACGACGCCGACCUGGCCUACAAGCGGGCGCUCCGGGCCAUGAGGUGGGUGGCGUUUGUGCCCUCGGCGGCGCGUGGAGCGGGCGCCGGGGGCAGCGGUGAGGUCCUGCCCCUCGGCUGCAGCAGGCACGUCCCUCCGGGGUUAACCGGCCCUUCCGUGGAGCUGGGCAGGGCGCUGGGAGGGGACCGGGCGCCCCCGUCUCCGUCCUGCAGACCAGGAGCCGGAGCAGAGCGGAGGGCCCAGGACAGAGCCGGGCAGGCCCCACCCCAGCCCUGCCUUGCCGCCUCCCCUGGGCGGGCUGCUCCCCCGGAGAGCCAAGGAGCAGCUAAGAUGUGGUCCCCUCAGGAGCAACCGGCCCUGCUUGCAAAGGCCAACGCUGCGCGGAGCGUACGCUGGGUCGGGCUGAGCGGGACUGGCCGGGAGAAGCGGCCGCAGGGGCCUUACUCCUUGGCGCUGGAGCUGGGGCUGCAGGUCAUGCGGAUGACGCUGUCCACGCUGAACUGGAGGCGGAGGGAGAUGGUGCGGUGGCUGGUCACCUGUGCGACGGAAGUGGGGGUCCGGGCGCUGCUCAGCAUCCUGCAGAACUGGUACACGCUCUUCACCCCCACGGAAGCCACCAGCAUCGUGGCGGCCACGGUGAUGUCCCACCCCCCCAUCCUGCGGCUGAGCCUGGAGUACCCGCAGCGGGAGGAGCUGGCCGGCUGUGCCCGCACGCUGGCGCUGCAGUGCGCCAUGAAGGACCCCCAGAACUGCGCCCUCUCGGCCCUCACGCUCUGCGAGAAGGACCACAUCGCCUUCGAGACGGCCUACCAGAUCGUCAUCGACGCCGCCGCCACCGGCAUGACCUACUCGCAGCUCUUCACCAUCGCGCGCUACAUGGAGCACCGGGGCUACCCCCUGCGGGCCUUCAAACUAGCCUCCCUGGCCAUGACGCACCUCAACCUGGCCUACAACCAGGACACCCACCCGGCCAUCAACGACGUCCUCUGGGCCUGCGCGCUGAGCCACUCCUUGGGCAAGAACGAGCUGGCGGCCAUCAUCCCGCUGGUGGUGAAGAGCGUGCACUGCGCCACGGUGCUGUCGGACAUCCUGCGGCGCUGCACCAUGACGGCGCCGGGCCUGGCCGGCAUUCCCGGCCGCAGGAACUCGGGCAAGCUCAUGUCCACCGACAAGGCCCCGCUGCGCCAGCUGCUGGACGCCACCAUCAGCGCUUACAUCAACACCACCCACUCCCGGCUCACCCACAUCAGCCCCCGGCACUACGGCGAGUUCAUCGAGUUCCUCAGCAAAGCCCGGGAGACCUUCCUCCUGGCCCAGGACGGCCACCUCCAGUUCGCUCAGUUCAUAGACAAUCUCAAACAGAUUUACAAAGGCAAGAAAAAACUGAUGAUGCUGGUCCGGGAGCGGUUUGGGUGAGUUCCCCCGGCACCGGCGGGGGGGGUG